GAUGAUUCUCGGCCAAGGGCUUGAGUUGCAAUCCAGUUCCGGAGAGGGGGGGUGCAUACGGAGAGGAGAUCUUCUGAGGUAAUAGUAUUGAUUGAGCGGACUGAUAUUGUCCCGAUGAAUCUAUAUAAACCGGUUACUACCUUCCACUUCAUUGUCUUUCUUCUCAUCAACAACCAUCAUUCUCUUCUCUCCACUCUCCUCUCUUCUCUUCUCUUGUUCAUUUCGCGCCAUGAAAGUAGAUACCCCGGACUCUGCCUCCACCAUCAGCAUGACCAACACUAUCACCAUCACCGUAGAGCAGGACGGCAUCUACGAGGUCAACGGCGCUCGCCAGGACCCUGUGAUUAACCUGCAAAUGGUGACUGGAUCAUCGAAGCUGCGCAAGCAGCUCCGUGACUCGGACGAGUUGAUUGUUUGUCCGGGUGUGUAUGAUGGCUUGUCUGCUCGGAUUGCCAUCAACAUGGGCUUCAAGGCCAUGUACAUGACCGGAGCCGGUACUACAGCGUCCCGUCUAGGCCACGCCGAUCUGGGACUGGCUCAUCUGUACGACAUGCGCACCAACGCCGAGAUGAUUGCGAAUCUGGACCCUUACGGACCGCCUUUGAUUGCCGACAUGGACCACGGAUAUGGAGGCCCCCUAAUGGUCGCCCGUUCCGUGCAACAAUACAUCCAAGCCGGAGUCGCCGGCUUCCACAUCGAAGACCAAAUCGCCAACAAGCGCUGCGGCCACUUGGCCGGAAAACGCGUCGUCAGCAUGGACGAAUACCUCACGCGGAUCCGCGCCGCCAAGAUCACCAAAGACCGACUCCGCAGCGACAUCGUGCUGAUCGCACGCACCGACGCGCUCCAACAACACGGCUACGACGAAUGCAUCAAGCGGCUCAAAGCCGCCCGCGACAUUGGCGCCGACGUGGGUCUCCUCGAGGGAUUCACCAGUAAGGAGAUGGCGCGACGCUGCGUCCAGGACCUAGCGCCCUGGCCUUUGUUGCUGAAUAUGGUGGAGAAUGGUGCGGGUCCGGUGAUUUCGACCGCGGAGGCGAAGGAAAUGGGCUUUAGGAUUAUGAUUUUUUCGUUUGCGUGUAUUACGCCGGCUUAUAUGGGGAUUACGGCUGCUUUGGAACGGUUGAAGAAGGAUGGGGUGGUGGGGUUGCCUGAGGGGAUGGGACCGAAGAAGUUGUUUGAGGUUUGUGGGUUGAUGGAUUCGGUGAGGAUUGAUACGGAGGCGGGGGGGAUGGGUUUGCGAAUGGGGUUUAGAUAAUACCUUUUUUCUUUUUGGGUUGUUUGGUUUUGGGGUAGGGGGUAAAAGACCCUAUUCUGUACCUUGGGUUCAAUAGGGUUUGUUUGGGGUUUUAGUUUUAUUCAUCUGGUUGAUUGGUUGAUUGGUUAAUUGAUUGACUGAUGCGGUGUGGAUUUACUUGGAUAUUUGGGCUUCUAUACAUAUUGUAUGCGAUGGCGGUAUAUACACCAGAAGAAGAAGAAGGAGAAGAAGAAUCGAAUGAUUUGAUCGAUG